UGUCCGAGGGUGAAUAUUUUGAAAAACAAUAAAGUUAUAUUUGUUGGUAGCUUAUAGUUUUUGUAUGUAGUAUGCAGUAGUAUAUAUUAUUUUGUAUCAUCUCAAAAUGUAAACGUACUAUCCAACUUCUGUUUGUAAAACAUAAAAGAAACGAAAAAGAAAUAAUCCAUGGUUUUCGUUUUACCGUUGUGUUGCAAAUGCCGGUGAGACUGGCCGAGUGAUUCUGGCCGCUUGGCCAUAGUAGUAAAGAAGAAGAAGUGCUGCGACGACAUAUCUGAACGCUUGGUUAGUUUUCUGUAGAUGUUAAUCGAUUCCAAUUGUGAUUUGCAAUUAAUUCCGCCGUAUAUGUUAGACACAGCUAAAGAAUGAUAAAUUGGUCUAUACCUUUACGAAUUUUGAAUUAUGGUUACGCUGAAAAGCAUCGGACAUGAUUACCUUGUCUAAACGCCUGGAGCGAUGUAUCUUAUUACUUCGUCGAUGUCAUCGUCGGUGUUAGCCGAGUUAAUGAAUAAACUUGGAUAAAGGAACGAGUCUUUACCACACGAAACAUAUUAAUGACGAAAUUGUUGGGAUUAUUAAUAUUUUAAAUGGGCAAAUCGACCACGGACACUCGCCCAUCAUAAUGAAAUCUGACAGCGCCGCGUAGAACUCCACCCUAAGCACCAAGAGGUUAAGUGUUCCUAAUAAAAUUUCGUUACGGAUUUUUACGCUGUUUUCGAUUAUGGAAACGGAAAAUAACACUAGCAGCGUAAAUUUCGUGCCGUGCCUGCGCUGGGUGAAAAGGGGCGCCGCAAGCCCCAAUCCCGCCAAAGUUCAGUUAUCGAAAAACGAACUGGUUGAGAUUAUUAAGGACACCAAGCAUAAGUUACGAGUUACAGACAACCGCACUGGAUCGGAGGAUGUUGCGAUAGAAGAUGCUUCCGACGAGUUUAAUUUCGAAUCUUACGACAACGACGACGAAUCAGCGGCUCAAACUUUGGGCAUCCACACUCUUGCUGAGCUCGAGACAGAGGCGGAAGAGCACUUUUCAGAGUCUGACGAUUCCGAGCGGGAGGAUGACGUUUUUAAGCCGAACGAUAAUCUUAUUUUAGUGGGACACGUGGAAGGAGACGCGAGUAUUUUAGAAGUGUAUGUGUAUAAUGCGGAGGAGGAAGCGCUGUACGUCCAUCACGACAUUUUUUUACCCGCGUUUCCAUUGUGUCUCGAAUGGUCGAACUUCGAACCUAACCAACCCAAAGGGAACUACUGCGCCGUGGGUUCCAUGUCGCCCGUUAUCGAAGUGUGGGACGUCGAUAUCAUUAACGGCGUCCGGCCCGCGUUCACGUUGGGCAAGAUGGCGAACAAGAAGAAAAAACGCGACCACGUCGGGCACACGGACGCCGUUUUGGCAUUGGCGUGGAACAAAAUGUACGAACACGUGAUGGCCAGCGGUUCGGUCGACCAAACGAUUAUACUGUGGGACAUGGAGAAUCUCGCGCCCAGUAGCACGAUCGACGCUUUCAACGAUAAGGUACAGUGUUUGGAGUGGCACAAGUUCGAAGGGCAGACGCUUUUGGCGGGCGGGUGCGAUAAAAAGGCGAAAGUUUUCGAUUGUCGUACGCCUGAGGAGCAUCAGACUUGGACGUUGGACGGGGAGGCCGAGAGGCUCGCUUGGAACCCCCUGCAGCCCUUUAGUUUUCUGGCGGGCACCAGCGGCGGCUCCGUGGAAUGUUUCGACUGCCGGAAGGGUAAACUUUGGGGCGUUCCGGCACAUAAUAAAGAAGUAACGGGAUUAACAGUAAGUGACCAAUGUCCCGGGUUGUUAGUCACCGCCUCGCCGGACGAAUUGGUAAAAAUAUGGGAUAUUUACGAGGGACAGGAACCGAAACUGGUGUUUGAAAAAGUUUUUUCGAUGGGAAACCUGCACUGCGUCGAGCUGUGCCCCGAUUCCCCUUUCGUGAUUAGUUUGGGCGGCGAUAAAAAGUCGAACAAUUUUACCGUAUUCGAUUUGAGAAAUAUCGACGAAGUGACGAAUACGUUCGGAUCGAGGACACUUAUUCGGUUGGAGCCGGAUGCAGAAACGCAAUAAAAGUUGUUAAAUCUAUUAUGUGUGAUUUUAUUUCUAGAUACUGAUAUUAUAAAAGAAGACGCUAGUAAUAUGAAAUAAUUUAUAAUAAUUUUUACUGCGACAAUAUUUGUAAGCAGAGUUACAUGUUUCCUUUUUUAUUUCGAAACUAAC